AUGGCCUAUCCGAAUCCCGGAGAUAAACGGCUGCCGCAUUUGAGAUCCGCUCCACCUGGCGGUGGCGGAUCAGCCUACACGGCGAUUGCCGCUGAAUUGUUGGUCGAGAAGCGUCCUCAACAAUGGACUGGGAGUUCUCCGAGCCUUGCUUCGCCGAUAAUCAAACAGGAGCCCAGCGAGUCCUUGAACAGGUUGAGCCUUGAAGACUCUGUCAGACCUUUCCAACAGGCCAAAGAAAUAAGACCAUUCAAACGCCCAGCAGCCGAAACCGAAUGGCGACCCAGCAAGAUCGGACCGGGCUCGGCCUCUCCAGCCUACUCUUCCGGCCGCCAUGAGCACGAUUUCUCACGCAUUCACUUUCCACCCCCCGACUCGAGUAGACGGUCGCCUUCAGCAGGGGGCUACCAACCCUCUCAGCAGACACCCGUCCCACACCAGUCUCGUCAGAACAGUCGUACUCUGGCUCAGCACGCAGAGUCGGAAAGGAGAUGCUAUGAUGCACGACCCGCGUCGGCUCACUCGUCCCAGGAUGAUUUCUCGGCCGAGGCCGACAUCAAACCCUUACUCCAGCCUGAAACCCGGUCCAUCUCCCUGGAACAGCUCGUCAACGAGGUCAAGGGCAUCUACGCUGGCCUGGUCAUGGUCGAGAAGAAGUGCGUCGAGAUAUGUGCGCAACAAGCUCAAACCACCACCAAACUCUCCAACGAGCAGUGGCAGGCAUUGAUCGCCUUACAUCGCACCCUCCUCCAUGAGCACCAUGAUUUCUUCCUAGCAUCCCAACACCCGACAGCAUCACCGGCAUUGUGGCGCCUGCCCACAAAGUAUGCAAUGCCGGCCCGCAUGUGGAGGCAUGGUAUCCAUUCUUUCCUUGAGCUACUCCGUCAUCGUCUCCCGUAUUCUUUGGAGCAUAUGCUCAGCUUUGUGUACCUCGCGUAUCAAAUGAUGGGGCUUCUCAUGGAAUCCCUGACCUAA